CCAUUUUGAACAUCAAAACUUGGGAAAUGCGUUGUUGUGAAUAACCCAAGGACGAUAAGAGUAUUGUACAACUUGUAGGUGAAUCCUCACACCAGAAUACUUGUGAAAGACUAUAACUGGAUGGAAAGUAUACCCACAGAACAACGACACUCGUCACCUUACUUGGAACAAGUAUUGCAGGCACUUGAUGCAGCGAGGAAACAAGCACUGGAAGAACUGCAACAACAAGCAGAAGAUAUAAGGGAAUGGUGUACUACGACAACCCAAAAUACUUGUAAAUCGUUGACCGAAGAAUACAAGUAUAUGACAUUGGUAGGAAAGCGAAAAAACAGCUACGAAAAGGUAACCCUUGGUUUAUUGUGCCCGCCUUCUACAAAGAAAAAAAGAAGCACGAGUAAUAACAGAAAGUCCAAAAAAGUAGAUAAACUCCACUGCCUAAAAGACCAAGAAACAGCAGGUAGAGAACAAGACAAUCACCAACAGAUGGAAGAAGACCCUUACGAAUUUAAAGAAGACGAAGAAGAAGAAGAAGAAGCUGUCAAACAACGUAGGAAAAGGAGAUCAAAGGCUUCCAAUCAACAGAAAUGGGAAGCUCCGAGACAAUCAAGGAGAUCAAAAAGAGGUCAUUCGAAACUCUCCGAGCAUAAGAUUACCGUGGAGAAGAAGUCACAUGGAAGUGUGGAUUUGGAUAGCUUGUCACCUUAUUCCAGAGCCAUUGCUCAAGGUCGCUCACCAACAAAAUAUGAAACGUAUUGUAGAGUUUGUAAAAAGACUGAUUAUGAGGACUUGUUGUUGUUGUGUGACCAUUGCGAUGAUGCGUUUCACACAUUCUGUUGUAAUCCUCGGCUGCAAUCGGUUCCUGAAGGUGACUGGUUUUGUCCAAAGUGUACAAAUAAUGCUACAGUGGAUACUACAAAUCGAUGGAAUAUGGACGUUGAUAACAGUAUUCAGGAUAAACCAGUAGAGGUGGCAAAUUCGGAUGUUCAGCAAGAACAACAGUGUGGAAAAAACGACAUUUCUUUGGAAACACAAGUGAAAGAUGAUGACGAAAAAGAAGCAACGGAUAAGAAAGAACUCAACCAUUGUGAAGAACCACUCACGUUGAAUAACUCAGAAUCUAGUGCUUUACAAAUAAGACGACCAAGAAAAGCCCGGAAAGGAAGCAAACGAGUUGAAAAGACGGAAUCGAGCAAUAAAAGCACAAAAGCAGUAGGAAAACGUGGCAGACCUAGAAAAGAACAAUCUCAAGCCAAGGAUCUCGUUACAUCCCAUCCGAAACAAGAAGGCUCGUUUUCCGACUAUUUGGAUGGUAUUGCAGCCAUCAUGGAAGGAGAAAUUUCAGAGCAAGCUUCACUAAAUAAGAAUAAUAGUAAUAAUGUUGCUAUUUCGAAACAACAAGAAUCGUUACAAGUGGAGAAAUCGGGGUUAACUUCAUCAGGUGAUUCUGUUAGUUCGCUGCAUUUAGGAACCAUCAUGAAGCCUUUGGAAGAAGCACAUAAUAGUGAACAGGAAAACAAUGAAAAGCAGUUGUCUCCUAAAUAUCAUUCUCAUCGUAUGUCUUCUAUCGAAGACGACUGUAAAACACCCGGUCGAAAGCCUCAAGAGAACUUGUCUUCACGCAAAGAAAGAACACAAGAGAGAUACGUCAACGUUCAUAGGGAAGAUGAAACUGAACAAUCGAACACCAAGGAAAAUGUUGCUGUAGUCGAGAAAGUUUGGCAAAUGUUCAAUAUUGAUUCUACUGGUUCUGUUGCUGUAGAAGAAACUUCAAAGACACCGUCUUCAAAAGCAGUAGGAAAAGGCGUUCAAGCAGUGACCAAAACAAGUGAACGAAAGUUGCAAAGUCUUACUGAAAGUAUAUACAAGAAAAAGAAGAAGAUUGGCCGAGUUGGAGAUAAAUCUUCUGGUUUGGUGGGUUUAGAAAGCAUAAGUAAUCUUUCAACUGCUUUGUUUUCCAAGUUGGAUAAUACAACAAGAGACAUACAAGGGGAAGAGAAACCUCUUGAAGUACACGGCACUGAAGAGAAUCCCACUCAAGCUGUUGUUGAUGUCGAUAACGCUACUUUAAGUCCUGCUGAGAAGAAAGGAAAAGAAGAAAAGGUAUCUAAUCCCAAUAGUCGAGACUUGUCGGAGAUGCAACCGUUAAAGUUAUCUUCACCGCCUGAGGAAGCUGACGAUACCCAUAGUCAACCACAAGUUACUAGUAAACCGCUCAGUAACAAUUCUCGUGCUGCAGAAUUGCGCUCUAAAAUACAAAGACUGCGCUCAAACCAAGAAGAAGUUCAACCUAGUUCUGACCCAAAGUCUGUGGGUUCAAGUAGCAAAGAAGACAAUAGUUCGGCCGAGAAAGUGAAAACUCCUCAAGUGGGUAUAUUUAAGCGUAUAGCCUCUCUUUUUGGUUCUCCAUCUCCUUUCAAGAAAGCGUCACCUCCAGAAAGUAAAGCGGUUGAAGGGCCAACACAAGAGUCAACCCAAUUACUCGUCGAUCCAACGUCUCCCAAUAGUCGUCAUCACUUGACCUCAGUGAAGAGCUCUCCUAGCAAAACAAGUGAAAAGAGUGGCUUGCCUGUAGCUCCAUCUAAGGGCUCCAACAUAGUAACUUCUUUCUCUUCCUUUUUGUCAAACAAUGGACGAGAAAAGAAGAAUGAAGAUCCGAAUAAGAAGGAGGUCAAGUCAGUUGGUACCAAUACUAAAAUGGUAGAAGAGAAGCUGGCACAAAUGGACGCUAAGAAGAAAGCUAUACAAGAACAAAAACGUAGAGAAAAUGAAGAAAAGCUUCGUCGUGCGGAAGAAAGACGAAAGCAACAAGCAUUAGAAGAGCAAAGAAAAGAAGAAGAAAGAAAGAAACAAGAAGAAGAACGAGAACGUAGAAGAAAGGAACAGGCACUUUUAUUGAAGAAAGCAAAGGAAGAAGAGGAAGCCAAGAGAAAAGAAGAAAGUCGCAAGAGGCAUGAAGAAUUGGUUGCAAAGCAAGCUAUGGAAGCAGAGAGGAGAAGGAAGGAGCUUGAAAUGAAAGAACAUCGACUCCAUCAUGAAAACAAUGACUUGAAUUCCAACAAAUGGAAGAACGAACAGCGUAGUCUUGGUCUUCGACCCAAAGCGGUUACUGAAUGUAAUGCACAAGAGACAGAACCAUUGGUUUUGAAAGAUAAGAAUACCGAGUCACAUGUAACUCCUGAUUCCAAGGGACAUACCGAAGCCCAUAAUUCUUAUCAACUUACGGAUGAGAAACAGAAGCAUGAAGAUGAAGAUUCGGAUGAAGAAUAUGAAAGACGAAAGAGGAAGAGAAUUCCAUCCUGGGCUCGAAGUCAUAAUUUAAGGGAGUUGUUGCAACAACAAGUAAAUGUCAAUCCAGAAGAAAUAUUUCCUUGUGCAGAUACGUGUGAUUUGGAAGAAAUAUUUGGACCCAAUGAACGGAAAAAGAGAUAUCGAAAUAGACAAAGGACAAGUUCGGGCAACUGGAGUGCUAGUGAGCGUUCUUUGUUGCUCUCACCUGAUUCGACUAUAAACAAGAGCUCUGAAUUGUCUCAUAUUCGAUAAAAGUUGCUAGUUGAAAAUGCCAUUCGAUUUUGUUUUUUGUAAAAGUAAAUAUAACAAAAUAAGG